GCGAUUGUAGUUCGUUAUCCACACUCCACGUCCUUUUUUCCACCGACUUUCUCAACCCGCGGUCUUUAUCUGUGGUCUCUGACCGUGAAUCGGACCACCAUGGCUUCGCUUCUCGCCACUCCUGCGCGCGGUCUCGCCGCUGCGUUCACUUCAAAUGCGGAACCUUCAGACGCGGCUACCACAUUCGCGGUGCGAUCCUCAUCCUCGUCAUCCGCGCGCCUCGCGUCUCUCCGCAGCACGGGAUUUGAUCCCCUCCGCCACGUCCGAACGUCGACAUACCGCCGCCGCGCCGCAGCCGCGAUUCGCCGCGUCUCGGCAUCCGCCGACGAAUCCGCAUCAGAAGCGUCGCCAGCGACUGAAGAAAAGUCCUCCGUUACAAGCCCAUUCGCGGGAAAGAAGAUUUCGGCUCUGCUAGCAGCCCGCGCCGCAGCCGCUUCUAAGGCGGCUACUAGCAGCUCACCAGGCGCUUCCCCCGCUGCCAAAGCACCCGCUCCCCCGUCCGCAGCAGCCGAUAGCGCAUUCCCCCCUCCCCCAACUACUGCCUUCCCCUCCUCGUUCUCUAAGAGCCUCCCCGUUUCUCCCCCUACCUCCCCGUUCGCAUCCCCCGCUGCUUCCGCUUCCGCUUCGCCUCCCGCCGCCACCCCGGCCCCUACUCCCGCGCCGGCGGAUCGCUCGUCUGUGAAUGCCGUUGUCGGCGGGUCAGUCAAGCCGAAAGUCUCCUUCCGCGGAAAGGCGAUCGUAGAUGCGUUCAAACAAAGCAGCGGCAGCGGCGAGGCUGGUGCCGGCGGCGCGGGCAGAGCCGCGGCCGGCGCGGCGCCGUCAUCUUCAUCAUCAGCAUCGGGAUCGGCGGCGGACGAUGGCAGAAUCCGCGUGGGGUCCCCGCGCGCGCCGGCGAAUAUUUUCCAGGAGAAGCCCCGGACGCCGGAGGAGAUCGAGGCGGAGAAAUGGCGGUUUCAGGUGAGCAAGGACCAGGUGCUUCUGGCCCUGUCGUUCUUCGCGUCGUCCAUCAUCAUGCUGGGAACGGUGUUCGUGGUGUGGAAACUGGGCGCUAUUCACUUUAACGAAUACUGAGAACGGAAAAGGAAUAUCGAGACGGGUUAUAGAGGAGAUGGAGGGGGGGUACAGGGAGAGGGGAAGCUCAGCGGGGAGGCUGGGAGAGGGUAGGAGGCUGGUGGUGGUGGCAGGAGCUAAGGAAGGACGGACGGGAAUCGAGAUCGAGGAGUGAGGGUUCUCAGAAGUAAGUAUGAAGCAGCAGCUGAACAGAAGCAGAACUUUCACCCACUCGCCGGAAAGAAAGCAGCGUCAGCAGCCAUCACUACGACAUUGUAUCAGCAGCAGCAUGACUGGCUCAGCAGCUAGGAUGGGAGGAUAGACGAUGGGUGCGCAGGAGUUGAGGGGGGUUGGGCGCAAGUCGAAGCUGCUGUGCGCGGUGCCAGGUGGUGGAUGGGUGCUGUGAGCUGUGUGUUUGUGCAGUGUGGUGUGCGGUGCCCAUGGGUGAUACGGGGGUGUGGAGUGAAGGGAUGAAGGAGGGGGAUGGCUUGAGGAGAGGAGGUUCUUGAUAGGAGGAGCGGGAUGGGGGAGGAGGAGGAGGAGGUGGCGGCGUAGGUGUGAAGCCAUGCGAAGGCUGAAGGCUGAUGGCUGCUGAAGAGAGGAAAGAGUUGUAUACGGCAGAGCGUUUCUUGAUUACUAUCAUAAGGGGGAUAGAGGGGGGUGUGGGGGAGUGUUGCUUGUCUAGUGUAGGUGUUCAGUUAGGGGUAUCAGCUUACGAUUGUCUGACUCUUCCUAGGGUAUCUCCGUUUUUGCGUUCUCCGUCCGCUGCUUACCUUGUCUGCGGAUUCAUGGGUGGCCACUGGCUGCAUUCCGAUCUGUUUCACA